AUGGGCAAAAAGGUUCUGUUCAUCGUUGGCGACUUUGUCGAAGACUACGAGGCCAUGGUCCCCCGCCAGAUCUGCGAGGUCUUUGAUAUCCAGGUCGAUGUCGUUGCCCCCUGCAAGAAGCCCGGCGAGACCGUUGCCAGCGCCGUCCACGACUUUGAGGGCUUCCAGACCUACACCGAGAAGCGGGGCCACAACAUCGCCAUCAACGCUGACUUCCACUCCAUCGACACCGCCGACUACGACGGCCUCUACAUCCCUGGCGGCCGUGCGCCCGAGUUCCUGAGCCUCAACCCGCGCGUCCUGGCCAUCGUCAAGGAGUUUUCGGACAGCCGCAAGCCCAUCGCUGCCAUCUGCCACGGCGGCCUCGUCCUGGCUGCCGCCGGGGUGAUCAACGCCAAGAAGGCGUGCUUCUACCCGGCCACCAUGCCCAUGAUGACGCUGGCUGGCUGCACUGCCGUCGACGCCAACGAGACGGCCUCGAACGCUGUCGUCGAUGGCCACCUCGUUACCGCCCCCGCGUGGCCCGCCCACCCCGCCAUGAUGAAGGAGUUCCUCCGCCUUCUGGGUGCCCACUUUUGA